CGUCCCCCUAGCGUCGGCCGGUGGAAUUGUCGGCCUCUGCUUACUUAACUAAAAGUGUUGUUCGGUAUUUCCUCGCCGCUUCCUUCUUCGGCUCGAAACGUCGCCCGGCGUCUCAGCCAAUAGUUGGCGCUCUUCCCACAGUCCCUGCGUCUGAUUGGAGAGCGGGGAGAAUGACGCACUUUAAAAAUUGCAGCGGGCGCCGCCAUCACCCUUGAGCCUGGAACGUUUGUGCCGCAGGUCGGUCGGCGAGUCGGGAACGGGCGCUCGCACUCCUCCCAGGCACCGGACGGGCUGGCCCAUCGUGGCGAGUCAAGCUGUUGUUCAAGAUGGUAUCUCUCGUGAACCUGGAAAAGGAGGCACAAAAGAAACUUGAAGAUUUCCUGCAAAAUGUCCACAAUAGAGAUUUUUUGUGGAUGGAUGAGAUCCUUGAAGAGGCGAUCAAGAUAUCCAAUAGUAAUUCCAGUGGAGAACCACUACUGAUGCCAAAAACUCCAUCACAGAAAAACCGCCAGAAAAAGAAGCACUUAUCUUCUGUUAAGAAAGAUCAGUUUUCCAAAAAGAGGUUGUCAAAAAGGUACAGUACCCGGUCGUCAUCUUCUAAACAGACUGGCCAAAAUCUCCAGCACAGAAAAGAUUCAGACAUGAUGAUUGAUGCUGAGACUUCUUCACCUUGUCAUCGUGUGACUCGAUCUCGGGCGAUGAGGUCUGCCAGGCCCUCACAGGAUUCUUUCAAGAAACUGAGUAUCGAUUUAACCAAAGGGCGGAUACCCCUGGUAGAAAUCAGUGCUAAUGAGAGACACAGUGCAGAAUUGCAGGUGAAGCAAUCAUCACCCCUAACAGGGAGUGUUGCUCGGAGCAUCACUUUGCUGUCGAAUGGCAAGUCCCCCAUAAAGGAAUCACAACCUUUGUCUAAAGCUUCUUUGAUUGUGAUCCCAGACACCCCUGAAACAAACAUUACAAAAGAGGGACGGGGAGCUUCCAAGAUGAAAAUUGCAAAUAUGUCGAUUCCUAAAACCCCUGAAAAGAAAGAAGCCACCACUCAGCAAGAAAAUAUUUGUGACCAGCAACAAGAAGAUUGCAAGUCGUGUGAAACUGAAGCGGCACAGAACUUAGCUGAGAGUCCACAGACACCCACGGCACCAAAGGCAAACCGUCGGUCAGUACGCCGAAGCCUAAUGGGUAGACGCUCAAUGAACUCCAAAGCCUCUUUGGUUGAGACGUACUCAUUAAGCAUCCAGAGGGAAAGAAUGGUUCGGAAAUCUGUUACCAGGAGUUUGUCCAAGCGUAAAAAAGGCCAGCAAUCAUCAGCUGCUUCUCAGAUGAUUUCAGAGAAGUUAGUGGCGGAAGAAGCUUCUGAAUCUGGGCUGAAGUUAGAUCCUAAUUCGGAAGAGACAGUUGUUGAAAACCCCAGGAUAUCUCUUCGAUCUCACAAGGCCAGCAUGACUACAGCUCUCCAACCUCAGGGUGACCAAGCAGGAGGAGAGUGCAAGGAUGAUACUUCUCAAAAGUGUGAAGACAUGCAGAAGCAGCCGCAGAUUAUCAAGAGGCAGUCAAGCUACAAGAGAGCACUUGAUAUAAAUGAUGAACAGUAUGCAGAAGAAAAGCUUUCACCACCAAGGAAAAAGGCGCCAUCUCCUCAGUGUCUCACCAAUAAGGUUUCCCGUCCUUUCAAGACAUUCUUGCAUACUGUUCAUAAGAAUCAAGUGCUUAUGAUGACUCCUGGCUCUGUGAGCCGAAACAACACUAUAAAAUCAUUUCUCAAGCAAAACACUCCCCUACGGACCCCUGCCCAGGGAGGGUUCGUUGAAAAAGAAAGGCAACGGUUUGAAAAUCUGCGGAAGAAGGAGGAGGCUGAGCAACAGCGAAGGCAGAAAUUGGAGGAGGAAAAAAGGCGGCGUUUGGAAGAGAUGAAGCGGAAGCGGGCGGAGCGCCUUCGCAAGGUGGCGCAGGCUCGGGAGCAGGCCGAGCGACUGGAAGAGGAGAAGAAGAAGCGGUUUGAGCAGAAGCAUGCUCAGCAUGAGGAAAAACAUGAGAAGGUGCGAGAGGACAAAUUGGCAGAAGACAAAAUAAAGAAGAAGGCAGUUGCCAAGAAGUUGGAAGACCUUGAAGCUCGGCGCAAACAAGAGGAUGAAGCCCGUAAACAGAGAGCACUGCAACUAAAGAGACAAGAGGAGGAGGAGCAAGAGAAGGCUCGGAAGAUUGCAGACCAACGUCGGGCAGAACUGGAAAGAGAGAAAAAGCUGUCUGCUGAGAGAGAACUGCAGAGGAAGAAAGAGCAGGAAAAGCUCCAAGCCCAACAGGAGCAUGAGCGGCAAGAAAAGGAGAAGGCUGCACGCUUGCAGAGAGAGGUUUUGGCAGCGGCGAAAGAGAAGGAGCGGCUCAGAAAAGAGUUGGAGGAGAAAGAAAGGAAACUGCAGGAACAGCAAAAGCAAGAAGAGCUGCAGCUGAAAGCCAGCUCAGGGGCUGAGGCGAAGGCUAAUAAACAGAUGAAUGUGACCAUCAGUGUUGAGAACUCACCGGCUUGUAAUUCAUACCCGAUGACACCUCAAGGCCCCAAGCAGCCCAAGCUUGACCUGAAUAAUUAUGGGAUGGAUUUGAAUAGUGAUGAUUCAACAGAUGAUGAGAAUCAGCCACGCAAGCCCAUCCCUGCUUGGGCAAUGGGAAAUCAAUUAAGUCAAGCAAUCAUACAUCAGUAUUACAAUCCACCUGAUACCAGAGCACUCUUUGGAGUCGUGAACAGUCCCAAACUGGAAGAAAUCUUUUAUAAGAGCAAACCACGCUAUUUCAAGCGCACCAGUUCUGCAGUGUGGAACUCUCCACCGUUCCCAGGUGGCAAAUCAGUAACAUCUGCUCUCAAGAGAUACUGAAGUUUCUUAGUUCUACUAUAUCUUUGAUUUUUUUUUUUUGUCUGUAAGGAAAAAAGGUAUUUUAAAUGCAUCACUUUUCUUUCUUGACAUU